CCCCCCCCCCCCCCCCAGCCCCCUGAGCCGCGCGCGUUGCAGGUCCGGGGACCACUUCGAGUGGAACAAGGUGACCACCUGCAUCCACAACGUCCUCAGCGGCCCGCGCUGGAUCGAGCACUACGGGGAGGUGCUGAUCCGCAACACCCGCGACGCCUCCUACCACUGCAAGCUCACCUUCUGCAAGGCUCGGUACUGGGGCGCGGGGGCCAACGAGGUGCAGGGCGCGGUGCUGAGCCGCAGCGGCAGCGUGGUGGAGCGCCUGGCCGGCAAGUGGCACGAGGGGCUGUUCCGCGGGCCUGCCCCGGGGCAGUGCGUCUGGAGAGCCAACCCCAUGCCCCACGACCAUGAGAGGAACUACGGCUUCACCCAGUUCGCCCUGGAGCUGAACGAGCUCACGCCCGAGCUGCGGCGCGUCCUGCCCUCCACCGACACCCGCCUGCGCCCCGACCAGCGGUACCUGGAGGAGGGCAACGUGCCAGCGGCCGAGACGCAGAAGCGCCAGAUCGAGCAGCUGCAGCGGGACCGGCGCCGGGUGAUGGAGGAGAACAACAUCACGCACCAGGCGCGCUUCUUCCGGCGGCUGACGGACGCCAACGGCAAGGAGUCGUGGGUCACCAACAACACCUACUGGAAGCUGCGCCUCGACCCCGGCUUCGCCCACCUGGACAGCGCGGUGCUCUGGUAGCGGCCCCCGCGGGGCUGAGCCCCCCGAAUGCUGCCUGCCCCGUGGGCUGGCUCCCCCCCGAGCCCCCCGCGCUGGGGUGCAGGGCCCCCCCCGGCUGGCUGAGGGCAGGCAGCGCCCAGCCGCGGCCCCUCGCAGCCGCUGCGCCUGUGUUCGAGGAAAACUGUGAUUCCAAGCAGCAGGAGGGGAGCUGGGGGGGGCACAGGUGGUGCCCGUCCCGCCCCCCGCCCAGUCCCAGGGCGGCCUCAAAGUGGGCUGGGGGUCCCGAGGUGCCCGCGGGCGGGCAGCCCCCUCCAGCCCCCCCCGGUUGCACAGGGGGCCCUGCUCUAAUAAAGGCCGCAGAGAGC